AUGGCAUCCCGGCUCGCGAUUCUUAUCGCCGUUCUGGCAAUGGCGGCCGCUGCGCACGCCGCAAAGCCAGCUGCCAAGCCCUACCCGCAAGACCUCAAGGGCCUAUGCACCAAGGGCGGCUGCGACUACACCUCCGGCUCGUUCGACUACUGGACGGUUAGCACCAUUACCCCAACCAGUCGGCUAUCAAUCCCGUGUGCCUCUUGGCAGAAUCGCCUCGCCCUUCCCCUCGUCCCUGUCUCUGGACCCGACUUCCUCCCGCUCAUGGCCCGCGCUCAUUUUCUUCUGCCCCCUUCCGCAUCAUCCCGCCUUCCCCACGCGCAGAUCCCCGAAUACGGCGCGUGCGUGAGCUCCCCGCCGUCGUCGUCGAAGCCGUACUGCGCGGCGGGCAGCAUUCACGCCAAGGCGUGCUGCAACAAGUGCAGCAACACCACAGGCACCACCUCCUUCAACUGCCGCUUCUGGGUGCAUAUCCCGUACGUCGCUUUCCCUACCAUCCCCUCUCGUGAUCUUUGUCCCUUACAGAUCCCUUGGAAUCAAUCCUCCGGAGGAAGCUCCGACACUUGCUCCGGAAAGCCUUGCGGCAAGUGCAUCCUGCUCCCCGCAAUCGACGGCAUCGAGCCCGUGAAGGGCGGCGGAAAGAAGAUCCGCAUCGGCAAGGCCUGCCCGACCACCAAGGACGACCCGCAUUUCCUCGGCGCGCACGGAACGCGCUUCGAGUUCAACGGGCUGCCCGAGAAAUCUUUCUGCCUGUACACGGACCGUCAGAUGCACAUCAACAUGGGCAUGCGUGGAUAUUACGACGACCGCACCGAUGGCGCCGCGCUCAUCGUGAACGGCAAGGCGGUUCGCACGUGGAUUCGCCAGCUCGCGAUCAUGUGGAGGUCGCGCGACGGUUCGUCGCACAGCUUCGUCAUGACCGCUCGUGACGGCAAGGAGCAGGCCCGUGGCGACGGUUUCGUGAAAUCCAUCGUCGCAGACACCAAGGCACUUCCGAGGAUGAAGGUCGGCGAGAGCAAGAAGAUCGCUGAUCUGACUCUCACCUUCAACAAGAUCGAGAAGGUUGGACCGUACGAUGUGGAUGCAUACACGGUUAAGAUCGGCGAUCAGAUGGAGCUGGAUCUGAGGCUCCGCGUCGCCCACCCGCUCCUCCAGACGCCUGACGACGCCGAGACGCACAUCAACGUGAUGUUCACUGACGUGGCACCCACUGCUGACGUGCACGGUGUCAUGGGCCAGACGUACCGUACCGGCAGGGAGAAGCGUACGACCGACUUCUCCCGUCUGGCUGCCGUUCUGCACCAUCCCGUUUCCGUUGACGGAGCGGAGGGCAAGGGCUUCCUUGACGGAAAGGUUUCUGACUAUGAGACGUCUUCCGUCACCGCGACUGACUGCCGGUUCUCUGCGUUCAACACUGGCGAGCUUCCCGCUGUGGCAUAA